GUCGGCAGCUGGCGCCAGGGCGGCCAGAGGAUGCCGAGGGGCCGGAGUCGGGCGGGCCUGAGGCCGAGGCGCGCGCUGUCCCCCGCCCCUAUUCCGUGAACUCACCAUCCUCGGGACGCGCUGUCGCUGGGCCUGCGGUUCCCGGGGCUCUCCUGGUGCCCCCCACCCUCUACUCCUGAGUCCUCCCCUCCCCGCAGCGCUGCGAGUGGCCGCCCCGCCUUCACCUAGAUCCCUAGCCGCCACAGCGGACCAUGGAGGUGGCGCCGGAGCAGCCUCGCUGGAUGGCGCACCCCGCCGUGUUGAAUGCGCAGCACCCCGACUCGCACCAUCCGGGCCUGGCGCACAACUACAUGGAGCCGGCGCAGCUGCUGCCUCCGGAUGAGGUGGACGUCUUCUUCAACCAUCUCGACUCGCAAGGCAACCCCUACUACGCCAACCCGGCCCACGCGCGCGCGCGCGUUUCCUACAGCCCUGCGCACGCCCGACUCACCGGAGGCCAGAUGUGCCGACCACACUUGUUACACAGCCCAGGCUUGCCUUGGCUGGACGGGGGUAAAGCAGCUCUCUCGGCGGCCGCUGCUCAUCACCACAGCCCCUGGACCGUCAGCCCGUUCUCCAAGACACCACUGCACCCCUCCGCUGCAGGAGCACCUGGAGGCCCUCUCUCUGUGUACCCAGGGGCUACGGGUGGGAGUGGGGGAGGCAGCGGGAGCUCAGUGGCUUCCCUCACUCCCACGGCAGCCCACUCUGGCUCCCAUCUCUUCGGCUUCCCACCCACACCACCCAAAGAAGUAUCUCCAGACCCCAGCACCACCGGAGCUGCCUCCCCAGCCUCAUCUUCAGCAGGGGGGAGUGUGGCCCGGGGUGAGGACAAGGAUGGUGUCAAGUACCAGGUGUCACUGUCUGAAAGCAUGAAGAUGGAAGGUGGCAGUCCCCUGCGCCCUGGCCUAGCCACCAUGGGCACCCAGCCCGCCACACAUCACCCCAUUCCCACCUACCCCUCAUAUGUGCCAGCCUCUGCCCAUGACUAUGGCAGCGGGCUCUUCCACCCUGGAGGCUUCCUGGGUGGCCCAGCCUCCAGCUUCACCCCUAAGCAGCGAAGCAAGGCACGCUCCUGCUCAGAAGGCCGGGAGUGUGUCAACUGUGGGGCCACGGCCACCCCUCUCUGGCGAAGGGAUGGCACCGGUCACUACCUGUGCAAUGCCUGCGGGUUGUACCACAAGAUGAACGGGCAGAACCGGCCACUUAUCAAGCCUAAGAGGAGGCUGUCGGCGGCCAGGAGAGCGGGCACCUGUUGUGCAAAUUGUCAGACGACAACCACCACCUUAUGGCGCCGGAACGCCAAUGGGGACCCUGUGUGCAACGCCUGUGGCCUCUACUACAAGCUGCACAAUGUAAACAGGCCACUGACUAUGAAGAAGGAAGGGAUCCAGACCCGGAACCGGAAGAUGUCCAGCAAGUCCAAGAAGAGCAAGAAAGGGCCGGAGUGCUUUGAGGAGUUGUCCAAGUGCAUGCAGGAGAAGUCAUCCCCUUUCAGUGCAGCUGCCCUCGCUGGACACAUGGCUCCUGUGGGCCACCUCCCACCCUUCAGCCACUCGGGACAUAUCCUGCCAACACCAACUCCCAUCCACCCCUCCUCCAGCCUCUCCUUUGGCCACCCCCACCCGUCCAGCAUGGUGACUGCCAUGGGCUAGGCACAGCCUCCUGCUGGACAGACAUGAAUGUCGAGGAGGGUGACUGGCAGAGCCAGAGUGAGGCUGGGUACUCCCAGGAUGGGUGGAAUACACCCUUGCCUCCCAUCCUUCCCUGGAGACUGACACCUUUGUGCCAACCCAGCCUAGCUGAAGCCACCUCUCCUUGGAGGACUCCCAGCCUUGUGCCACCAUUACUGUGAAUAUUUCCAACUGGGCUGUGGUGGUGUAUGCCCCGGGUGCUGUCCAGAAAGGUUCUUUCACAGACAGUUGUUUGGAGAGCAAAAAGGACAACUUUAUUGCAAGAAAAGGAGGAGACAGGAGAGAGAAAAAAAUGCAACUGUUUUUUGAAGGAAAACCGAGUAGGCAAAAAAAAAAAAAAAAAAAAAAAAAAAA